GAUCAGGCAUCUACAUGAUUCUACAUAUGAUAAUAUCAAUGUUCUUGCACCUAUUUAUACUUACCUAGGUUAUAUGUACCUAGGUACCUUGGCAUUGACUUUUCGGCAAGGAAUUCCCGUUCUUGCAUAUGGUGUUUAGGUUUCUUACUGGAGCACACAGCUUCCUUUUCCCCACAUAACGAUAAGAUAGAAGCUACGAAUAGCUUAAAGUCUUGAAGCGAACUAAGGCCAGUUGGGUGGAUACCUGGUCAAGGCACAUGUACCUUGCACGGCUUGCAGCUUGCAUGACACCACCUGCGGUCUUCCAUCACUAAGGUACCUCUGCUCAUUAGCAAAAACCCUUGGGCCCUUCUCGCCUAUCACCCUCCAAUACAUGGACCUUCGGAGCCAUGAUGCGCCAGCUUCCUCUUCAUCACUUCCAUCCGGACUUCUUUUCCGCCCCUCUCGAACAAAUAGCCCUCUCUAUGACUCUCACAGGCCAGCCUUCAAGAUGACGGAACCCCCAUCAGAACAACCGCCGAUGGCGGACACUUACGACGACCAAGAUCAUGAGCCGCAUCCGUUUGCGCCGAUAUUCACCCUCGUGAAUAAUGCAUCGACGCGUACAACCCAUCAUCCACAUGUGCGCUACAUCUUCAGCGACGAUGACCCAGACAUCCUAACACAUGCAUUAGCCGAACUUGACAUCGGUGUCGACGGAACCGCCUCCGAUCCAGCCUCGUCUAAUAGGGCUAUGGUAUUAGACCUAGCACCCGACCCUACAGGAGGAUAUAGCGUUGCUUGGGCUUCAAGCUUGUCGCCGUCCUGGGCAGUGCUGGAUGCGCAACUUAGCCAGGUAGCACCACCUUCGUCCGACGGGGAAAAUAAUAGGGACAACGGAGGCGGAGAUGGUAGCACUCGACCCGAUCGCCUUAUGUUAAAAAUUGAUGGCAUAGAAAGCAACAGUCUAGGCUCGGAGGGUGGAUUGUCUGGAGAGGCAAGCAGACACGGUUCAAGCAGCGGAAGUGGUGGUGCAAGUGGCCAGCAUGAUCGUGACCGAGGAGAGAUCGAAGACUAUACCAACUUAGUGGACAAAUUUGACAGGCAGAUGACCACACUUCGGAAAAUCGUCGAUGCUAGCGAGGAAAGACAACGGAAGACGACCGCGGAUACUUAUGCGAUAGUGGAGCCCACACAAGAAGUAGCCGGUAGAAUUCAGCUGAUGGAUUGAGAGCCUUGGAAGAAAUUAAUAUUUAUCUAACGCGAAGUCCGAAUCAUGGCCAUAAGAUUGUCCUUGGGAGGUUUCUUGACUUUAUUAGAACGGCGACCAGAAUCAAAUUUGUAUCGCCAACUGAAAGGCUACGGAGAAUGAUGAACAGGAUUACAGAACUGCAGAUCGUCGCCUCGAUCGGAGGAGUGUUAUACGGAGCUUAGGAGCUGAGGUUAGGACGGUGUGGCUUAAGCCUUGCCGCGGGGAUUUUUGUCAUGAACGGUUCUUG